CAACGUUUUCUCAGUCCUGAGCACGCAGACGAAAAAAAAAGCGACGGAACGACUGGCAGCCUUUGAGCGUUUUAUGGCUGCCUGUUCGGCUCGAGAAUCACUUAUUUAUUCGGUCUUUUUAGAGGCCGCGAAAACGGAACCGUUGCCGUCCGCUAGGCGAGCAUUGUGGCGAGGACGAAGUCGGUCUUUAUGCGGAUAACUUCGCUGCUAAACGAGUCCGCCGAGCGACGUUUGAACUUCAUUGUGGGAGAGCGAGAGACUCAGCGGAAGUGUCUAACUCUGGAUUUAAAACCGAUGCUUGAAGUCGUGGACUGUGUUCUUUAACGAGGGCUUUCAUGUAGUGCAAUUAAGGUAGAUUUUCUCUUCAGUACCAGUGCAGUUUUCCGCCCUGUUAAAAUAAGCUAACAAGCUAGCUGUGCGCAUUAGCAGCUAGCGGCACAGUGCGUUUAAUCCAGACCAUUUUUAAUGGCAAUGCCUUACCUACGUUAUGCAACAGGUAGACCCACUGCAAACACGCUGCAACAACAUAUGGGUAUUUAGACGUUUAUUUGUAUUAGUUUUCUACUGCUUAGUGUAGUGCAUUCACUGUCGGACUAUUUAAAGAUUGUUCCAACAUAACUUCAAUGAUGCAGUUUAAGGACACAGCCUGACGACGAGAGGAAAUCAUGUCGGAUCUUGCAGAAUAACGCAAGAAGAAGCCUCGGCAGCAGCUCGGACGGUUCUCUCUGGAUUUUUAAUCAUCAUUUAGUACACGACAGCUCGUCUGCGAUCUUCGUGAGUUGUGUGCAUCAAAAUGUCGGCCAUCUCUGCAUCCGAAAAGGUGGACGGCUUCACGAGGAAGUCUGUGAGGAAGGCGCAGAAGCAGCGGAGAUCCCAGGGCUCGUCGCAGUACCGCAGCCAGGGCGCUCCGGUGGAGCUGUCCCCGCUGCCGCAGCUCAAAGAUGCCCCCACCACAGAGCAGCAGGAGCUAUUCACCCAAAAACUCCAACAGUGCUGCACAGUCUUUGACUUUAUCGACUCGGUGGCGGACCUGAAGAGCAAGGAGGUGAAGAGGGCGACCCUUAACGAGCUGGUGGACUACGUUUCCACUAACAGAGGGGUACUGGUGGAGGCUGCAUACCCUGAGAUCAUCAACAUGAUCACUACUAAUGUUUUCCGGGCUCUUCCUCCAAGUGAUAACCCAGAUUUUGACCCAGAAGAAGACGAACCCACUCUAGAAGCUUCCUGGCCUCAUAUUCAGCUGGUGUACGAGUUCCUGCUGCGCUUCUUAGAGAAUCCAGACUUUCAACCCAGCAUCGCAAAGAGACACAUCGAUCAGAAGUUUGUUCUGCAGCUGCUGGAGCUGUUUGACAGCGAGGACCCGAGGGAGCGGGACUUCCUGAAGACUAUUCUGCAUCGGAUUUAUGGAAAAUUCCUGGGUCUGCGAGCCUUCAUCAGGAAGCAGAUCAACAACAUCUUUUUAAGGUUCAUCUAUGAAACUGAACACUUCAAUGGUGUAGGAGAACUGCUGGAGAUUCUGGGAAGUAUCAUCAACGGUUUUGCGCUGCCUCUGAAAGUGGAGCACAAGCAGUUCCUGAUGAAGGUGCUCAUCCCGUUACAUACAGCUAAAGGACUGGCCCUUUUCCACGCGCAGCUGGCUUACUGUGUGGUCCAGUUCCUGGAGAAAGACCCCACGCUGACAGAGCCGGUGAUCCGUGGCUUGUUGAAGUUUUGGCCGAAAACGUGCAGCCAGAAGGAGGUGAUGUUUCUGGGAGAACUCGAGGAGAUUCUGGACGUCAUCGAACCGACACAGUUCAAAAAGAUCCAGGAGCCGUUGUUUAAACAGAUCAGUAAAUGUGUGGCCAACCCACAUUUUCAGGUAGCAGAACGUUCGCUGUACUUUUGGAAUAACGAGUACAUCCUCAGCCUCAUCGAGGAGAACAUCGACAAGAUCCUUCCCAUCAUGUUCGGCAGCCUGUACAAAAUCUCCAAAGAGCACUGGAACCAGACAAUCGUAGCUCUGGUCUACAACGUGUUGAAGACUCUGAUGGAGAUGAACUGCGCGCUGUUCGAUGAGCUCACCUCCUCCUACAAGACGGACAGACAGCGGGAGAAGAAGAAGGAGCAGGAGAGGGACGAGCUGUGGAAGAAAUUGGAGGAGCUGAAGCUCAGCCACCCGGCUGUGGUCCAGAACAACAGCCACAGGCUCCCUGGUGUCCACAACAACAAGAACAACAACAAUAACCACGGGGACGUGAUGGCCGACAUCGAAGCUGCUGCGCUCGACGGUGCAUCCACCAGCGCGAGCGACGGACAUCCCGCCGAGGCAGCCAGCGACAGCCUCCAACGUGCCAAAUGACAGCGGAUGUCAGAUUUUUUUUUACCCGGAGAGGUUUGACGCAGUGUUCAGGCACAUCAGGGGGAUUUUAAAAAGAUGUAACACAAAUUACACCUCAGCAGUAUAUUAAAUCUACUUAGAUUGAAAUAGAAUGCCAGCAGUUCAUUGGCAAAAGUAAAAAAUAUAUAUAUUUGAACCUAAAAAGACUAUUUUUGGAUGUUACAGUGUGGCUGCAGUU